AGAAAAGUGAUAACGACCGCUGCCGUCGUGCCCGUGCGGAACGGUAAUAAUAAUAGUGCAUAAUAUUGCCAAUAAUAUGUAAUUCCGUUCGCCACUGUAGUGUGGUGGUCGGCCGUCGCCGCGUUCGCUCUCCCGCUUUGUCGUCGUCGUCGUCGUCGUCGUCGUACCUAAUAUAUAUUAUUAAUUUUCCUUUCCUAUUACGUAUUAUUGUCUAUAACGGCCGUUCUCAUUGUCAUUUAUUAUUCACGUAUUUAGGAUAGUUAUACCUUUCCCGGUGUUUGAUAUUUUGUUAUUCAUGUAUGCUAUAACGAAUCGAUGAGUGGAGCCCUCAUAAAUUGUGCGCGCUGCCAGUAACACGCGACUAGAAAAAAGGUCGUGCAAAUAGAUAUUUUUAAGAAAAAUCCGAAUCCGAUGUAAAACUAACCAUGGUCGUAAAGAAAGAGUACAACAUUGAUUGGGUUUUGCCAAAACUCAGGAAUCGACAGAUAUUUUGGAACGUCGCGUCUUGCAUCACAUUAGCUGCCGUCGGUAUAUUCAGCAAGAUUUUCAUCAAAUGGUUCAACAAAGCAAAAGUUUACAAUCUCGUCUCAUUCGACAAAGCAAUCAAUCGACCCAAGCAUAUACCUCUCAUAACAGUAUCUAAUCAUGACUCUUGUUUUGAUGAUCCUGGUAUUUGGGCUGCACUGGGUUGGAAGAAUUUAAUAAUGUCAAAUAAAAUGCGCUGGGCAUUGGCCGCCAAUGACAUAUGCUUUACAAAUCCAUUCUGUGCACAUUUUUUUAUGCUUGGUCAAUGUGUGCCAACGAUUCGAGGUGCUGGAGUAUAUCAGGAGGCUGUUAAGUUUGGUGUAGAACUGUUGACUAAAGGUAAAUGGCUGCAUAUUUUCCCUGAGGGUCGUGUUAAUAUGAGCAAAACCUACAUACGCCUUAAAUGGGGAGUUGGUCAAAUGAUAUAUGAAUCCCCUAUUAUGCCUAUUGUUGUACCUAUUUGUCAUGUAGGAAUGGAAACUAUAUUACCUAAUGAACCACCAUAUUAUUUACGAACUGGUCGUAAGGUAACAUUCAAUUUUGGUGAGCCUAUUGAUUUAAAAGGAUUAGUCUCAAAGUUGAAAGAAUCCAAUGUGACUGAGGAGGAAGCUCGUAGAGUAAUUACAGAAAAAAUUGAAGAAGAAUUAUAUAAAUUGCAACAAGACACAAUAUUGUUACACAACAAGUUAAAUUCUUGACGGCUUGGCUUGCAAUGAUUGAAAUAUAUAUACUUUAAGGUGAGUAGAGUUUCAAGAAAUGCAUUUUGCGAGUAAUGUCUUCAAAAGUUAAAAAAAAAAAAAACAGAAUACUUAACAAUGUUAUGUAUGAAAAUUAACAAAUUAUAUCUGUUAAAGAUCAUUUAUACAUAAUUCAUAUAACUUUAUGUUUUAAUAUUGUUUAUAAGUAGUAUAUUGAAUAUCACAUAUUUUUAUGUAUAAACUUAAUUUUGAAACCAUAAUCAUUUGGUCCUCAAUUAUAUAUAUUAUAUAUAUAGUUUAUUUUUCAAUAAAUAUUUUUCAUAAAUAUAUCUAUUAAAUAUUUUAAUUAAAAAAUAUAUCCAUUUUUGAUGUUUCUUUAAGAAUGUCAAUAACCUCCGUCCAAUCAAGUAUACGUGAAUGAUAUUUAUUCAAAAUAAUUUAUACUUAAUAACAUGAGUCAUUUAAUUAUAUUUUAAUAUAAAAUAUACUUAGUACUUAAUUUCAAUAGAUACUUUUAUCAUAGUUGUUUUAAUGAUGAGUAUGACUAGUAAAUCUCUUAAUACUUUGGGAAUGUAAAAAAAAAUGUCAGACAUUUUUUUGCUAUUAACAGGUAUGAGACUUGAUUUUAAUUUAUUUUCUCUUAGCUGUUACAUCAUUACAUGAACUUUCUGUAACUCUUGCCAAUACUUUGUUUACCAAAUGCAAAUUAUGUUGAGUUUUUAUUAUUAUUUAUUUUUAUUCAGUUUAAUUGUAAUACUUCUGUAUUUUUCUACUUAAGAUCAUGUAUAAUUAUUGUUAUACUUAUAGUUAUUAUAGUAUAGUAUAUUGUAUAUUAUGAACAUGAUAUUAAUACAUUUUUAAGUUUAAAAUUUUUUUCUAUUUUAAUAAUUGACAUAUGAAUUGAGCUUAAUGUCAAAUCUAUUAAUGUUACAUGGUAUUAUUAUAAAAAAAAAUAUGUGAUCAUUGGUUACCAAUUUCGGGGCACAUUGUAAUUUAAUAAACUAUAUUAUCACCUAAAUAAAAAUCAAUUAUAAUUAUGUAUUUACUUAAUAUAAUAUUAUAAUUGUAAAUAUAUUUUUUUUUUACAAAUGUGUCAUUUAAAAUGUCAUAAUGAUAAAAAUUUGUAAUAAUACAACAUACAUUUUUAAAUGUAUUGGUAACAAAUGCUAAAAUUCUACUUAUAUUGAAUUAUCAUUUUAUAAUGUUAAUUUACAUAGUUGGAUGUUGUUUAAAAUUAUUAAUAUUUAGUAUUUACCAAUUGAGCACAAUUUUUUAAACUGUAAAUAUUGAAUUGCAAAUAACUAUAUUUUAGAUAUGCGUUCACUGUGCAUAAGAACUUAUGAUUACAAGAGGUUAAUAAUUAAUAACUAUUCAUUUGAUUGUGGCCUGGAAUUUUUUGCUCAACUUAAAUUUUUUAAUUGUGCUUUUUAUUAAAUUCUACAUUUACGCACAACUAUAAUCCAUUGCCAUUUAUUCAUUCAAAUAGAUUUUAAUUUAUUUAUUGUUUAAAAAGAAAAAUUAUUUAAAUUUAAAUCUUUUAAUAUUUUCUACAAUUAAUAAAACAUUAAAAUGUUGUAAUGUAAUCAAUACAUACAAAAAUACUUAUUUUAAUCAUGCUUUAUUUUUCUAAUACUGUAUCAAAGAAUAUUAUUUGAAAUAUUGUGUUUGGAUAAUUACUAUGAAAUUCUUAUUUUAUUUGCAAUAUAGACAAAGUAAUUAAGCAACAAAAAUAACAAUGUGCAUACAUUAUAAUUAUUGUAUAAUUAGAUUAUAGUUAUGUAAUGUUUAUGAUUUGUUAUUUUAAUAAAAUACUAACCUACUUAUUAAUA